GCAUGUUCGCCUCCUGCCACUGUGUGCCGAGAGGCAGGAGGACCAUGAAAAUGAUCCACUUUCGGAGCUCCAGCACCAAAUCACUCAGCCAGGAGAUGAAAUGCACCAUCCGGCUGCUGGACGACUCGGAGAUCUCCUGCCACAUCCAGAGGGAGACCAAAGGGCAGUUUCUUAUUGACCACAUCUGCAACUACUACAGCUUGCUGGAGAAGGACUACUUCGGAAUUCGUUAUGUGGACCCAGAGAAGCAGCGGCACUGGCUUGAACCUAACAAGUCCAUCUUCAAGCAAAUGAAAUCUCAUCCACCAUACACCAUGUGCUUUAGAGUGAAAUUCUACCCACAUGAACCCCUGAAGAUUAAAGAAGAGCUCACAAGGUACCUUUUGUACCUGCAAAUUAAGAGAGAUAUUUUCCACGGUCGAUUACUCUGCUCCUUCUCAGAUGCUGCCUACCUGGGUGCAUGUAUCAUUCAAGCUGAGCUCGGUGAUUACGAUCCUGAUGAGCAUCCUGAGAAUUACAUCAGUGAGUUUGAGAUUUUCCCUAAGCAAUCACAGAAGCUGGAAAGAAAAAUGGCAGAAAUCCAUAAAAGCGAGCUCAGAGGCCAGAGCCCGCCGGUUGCUGAAUUUAACUUACUCCUGAAAGCUCACACUUUGGAAACCUAUGGGGUGGAUCCUCACCCAUGCAAGGAUUCAACAGGCACAACCACAUUUUUGGGAUUCACUGCUGCAGGCUUUGUGGUAUUUCAGGGAAAUAAGAGAAUCCAUUUGAUAAAAUGGCCAGAUGUCUGCAAAUUGAAGUUUGAAGGGAAGACAUUUUAUGUGAUUGGCACCCAGAAGGAGAAAAAAGCCAUGUUGGCAUUCCAUACCUCAACACCAGCUGCCUGCAAACAUCUCUGGAAGUGUGGGGUGGAGAACCAGGCCUUUUAUAAGUAUGCCAAGUCCAGUCAGAUCAAGACUGUGUCCAGCAGCAAGAUAUUUUUUAAAGGAAGUAGAUUCCGAUACAGCGGUAAGGUUGCCAAAGAGGUGGUGGAGGCGAGUUCCAGGAUCCAGAGGGAGCCUCCGGAGGUGCACAGAACCAACAUUACCCAGAGCCGCAGUUCCCACUCCUUGAACAAACAGCUCAUUAUUAACAUGGAGCCCCUGCAGCCCUUACUGCCUUCCCCCAGCGAGCAGGAAGAGGACCUUCCCCUGGGUGAGGGUAUUCCUUUGCCCAAAGAAGAUGACAUUUCUGCCCCCUUGAUCUCCAGCUCACCGGUGAAAGAAGCUCGGGAGUAUGAAGACCCCCCAAGCGAAGAGGAAGAUAAAAUAAAAGAAGAGCCUUUGACUAUCUCUGAACUGUCAUACAACCCCAGUGCAAGCCUGCUCCCCACCCCAGUUGAUGAUGAUGAGAUUGACAUGCUCUUUGACUGUCCAUCUAGGCAUGAGUUGGAAAGAGAAGACCUGGAUUCGUUUGAGGAACUGGAAGCAGAUGAAAAUGCCUUUUUGAUGGCCGAAGAAGAGGAGCUAAAGGAGGCUCACCGAGCUUUGUCGUGGAGCUAUGACAUUCUGACCGGCCAUAUUCGGGUGAACCCACUGGUCAAGAGUUUUUCCAGGCUCCUUGUGGUGGGCCUGGGGCUGCUGCUCUUUGUAUUCCCCCUGCUCCUCCUCCUUUUGGAGUCAGGUAUUGAUCUCUCCUUCUUAUGUGAAAUCCGCCAAACGCCAGAGUUUGAGCAGUUUCACUAUGAAUAUUACUGUCCUCUCAAGGAGUGGGUGGCUGGCAAAGUAAACCUCAUUCUCUACAUGCUGGGUUGCUCAUAAAUACAUAUCUCAUAUGACUAAGGGCUAUAUUCAAUAUUAGUGAUGUGUUUUUCUCAAGCAAAUGCCUGGUUCUGAAUGGUCAUGGAGCCGUCAACAUGUGUUCCUUACUCAAAAUUGAUUAUUCAGACCUUUAAGUUAGCUUUCCAUAAUUCACUGCACUUAAUAAGUUUAAAUCAAACACAGUAAUUUCAGUUAUAGGUCAGGAAGAUGGCCUUUAAAUAACCCAAAAUGUUUAUUUUUAUUAUAUCACAGGCAGACUCUUUAUCUAUUAUAAUACAUAAUACAUUGAGCUGAAUUAGAUUUCCCCCCUUUUUAAUAGUUAUCAUCAUUAUAAGAUAUAAGGUUCAGAAUCAGAAUUUUAGUCAAAAUUCAAGAGAAGGUUUUUGAAUAUAAUCCUUAGUGAAAAUAAUGUCCUCUAACCAAUGCCUAUACAGUUAAAUUAAUGCUGGGUUUUUGUUUUUUUAAAAAUAUUUUUAUGUGUUCAGAAUAUUUUGGUAAAUUUUUAGCAAAAAAGAAAAAAAAAGAAGACUCCUGGAGUUAUUGUACAGACUGUAAGACUAAUGCACAAAGGGUAUUGUGGGAAUUUUUUAAUGUUUUGGCCCAGGUUUGUUUUUAAAAAUAUUUUUGGAUAAAAAAAAAUCCCAUAAUUUGUUGUUAGCUGCAUAUGAGAUAGAAAAUAGGUAGAAAGACUGUAGUAAGUAGGCUCCUAAAAUAAAUGAUGGAACUGGAGGAUGUAGAAACUGAGUAUCAAAUGGACCACAGGGUCCAUUUUCAAAAGUAUUUGGACGAGAGGACUUGUUACUUUCAUUUGCAUUCUGUCCAUAUAUUUUGGCUAAGGAAGCAAAACUUUAAAGUAAAAAGAUAUAUGCCAAUUAAUUGCAUGUUAUUGUACAUUUAUCCGAGAGUGGAAGCAGAUGUUGGACAAAUGGCAAGUAGCAAAAACUGUUUUGGUGAGGCUGGUAGGCAAGUGGUGGUAGGAAGGUGAUCUAUUUUAUGGAAGUGAUGGUGAUGCAAGGUAUUGGAUAAUGUAAAGAACAGCACACUCGCUGUCCAAGUUGACAUGAAUAUAUUUAAGUGGAUCUAAAUAAAAGUGGAGAAAUGUUAAGGUACAUUUUUGGUUCCUCAUGCCAUUCAUUGUGUUUCUGUGGAAGGAACUUUAAAAGAAGUAUGUGUAUGUGAGAGAGGGGUGGGGAGAGAAUGGAUUCUGGCUUUUUGAUAAAUGCCAAUUAUCUUUUGUGAUAGUAAUUAUAUUCCUUUCCUGGUUUCCUUAAGAACUCAUUCAUAAUCGGGGCUCUCAUUAAAGAAGUGGAGGGGAUUUAUUAAAUGACAUAUUUCAGCUUGGUUGAAGUAGUGAGACUCAGUACAAGGGACAAAUGUUCUAGUACCUUCCUUCAUACCAUUAAAUCCAUGACAGAAAGGCUCUGAUGCCUUCCCAGGCAGCAUAAUGACGAAUCCUGUGGUAUAAGAGUGAGAAAGGUAAGAGCAAGGAGGUUUGGGAUUUCUCCAUGAAUUGAAAAUGUUCCAUUGCCUUCAUUUACAAAGAGAUUGGGCUUCCUGUAAUCUCUCCCUAACUCCAAUGGACACUUCAGUUUUAUAUUAGCAUAAUCUCCACACUGGUCAUCCAGUCCUACUUACUCAUGGAGUUCUGAGUGCUUUAUUAGAUAUUCAAUUUUGAAAGUAAGUUUUAAAAGUCAGCUUAUGAAGCCUUCAGUUAAGCACACUAUAAUAUUCAUUUGCUAUUAAGUUUGUUCUUUCUCAUGUGCUUUCUUUUUAAAAAAAAUAUAUUUUAUUGAUUUUUUACAGAGAGGAAGAGAGAGAGGGAUAGAGAGAAACAUUGAUGAGAGAGAAACAUCAAUCAGCUGCCUCCUGCACACCCCCUACUAGGGAUGUGCCCGCAACCAAGGUACAUGCCCUUGACCAGGAAUCGAACCUGGGCCCUUCAGUCCGCAGGCCGACGCUCUAUCCACUGAGCCAAACCGGUUUCGGCUCAUGUGCUUUCUUUUUGUGUUUUAAUGUUUCAUGCCUGAAAUUGGAUAACAAUAUAUACACAUAUAUUUUCUAUAGUUCAUUUUGGAAGUUUGAAAAUGACCAGCUUUGAAAUUGAAGUUAUUUCCCCCCUCUUUUCAUAUGACUUUGAAGUCAUACUUUCUGAUAAAAGGGCCCACCAGUGUCCCCCUUCUGAUUAUGCUUCAAUUUCUGACCAUGCCAAAUCAUCUAGCCUUCGUCCUUCAAAAUAAUAUUUUUAAAUUAUGGAAGAAAUAUAUUGCCCAUCAUAAAACAUUUGAAAAAUACUGACAGGAUAAACAUCACAUGUAGUCCAACCAUGCAGAUCUAUAUGAACUAGUAAUACAUUUAUUAUUUUUACAUUUCCAGCUAACAUCUCUUUUCUCUUAGGCAAAAACCUUGAUUAUUGAAUAGAAAUAUUUUUAAGUGAAGGAGUUGACAGGAUAGGGUCUGCUGAAUUUAAACAAUAGCCACCAAAAGUAAAAGUGGGAUAGAGUAAGAGCCAUUUUAGAAAUACCACUUAAGUUUGGUAGAAGGCAGUCACCAGCUGCCUGAAUGAAAUGAGAAAAAGACUGCUUCCAAGAUGGAAAGUAUAUAGUAAUAUAGUGAGAUACAGUGGUCAAAGCAAGUGUGUGAGUAUAUGUAUUAUUGGCAUGUGUGUUUAUAUAUGAAUAUAUGUGUGUGUGUAUACACCCCACUGAUAUGCCCUUCAUACACAGUUGUAUUUACUUUUUCCCAAAUGAGGAAAUUGUGACGUUUUUAUUCCUUUUCCCCUCUCAGUUAUCACGGUGGAUAAAACAGUCUCAAAGGUUUCAAUUUCUCAUGAAAAUCACUGUGUGUACAUAUGUAAUUAUAUACACACACACACACGUAUGGCAAAUACAUAUACACACACAAUCUUGUCUUUAGUGCUAUUGCAAGUUGGAUCAUGAAAAAAUGUAGGUAAAGUAUCGUGUUUCUGUCUGUGCUUGGAACAUGUAAAAUGUUAUGUAUUUGGAAUAUAUUUUGUGGCUUGUCUAAUAUUUAUAAAAUUAACUCUGGGAAGAAUUCAAAAUGAAUUGAUUUCAUUGAAAUACUAGGGAUAUGGGGGCCAUGGUACCUAUAAUUGGAGCCUUAUCUUUGUAUAGUGAAAUUUGCAUUUCUAUGUCAACAUUCAGAUUGUUUUAUAUGUUAAUACGGUGGCAGAAAUCCCUAAUAAACUACUCUGGGGAAAAAUGUUUCAGCAAUCAUUUAGUUUUAUUCACAGCAAAACUGUAUAAAUAGCCUGUUGGAAACUACAGAAGGUGCCAUCUAGGACCUUGAAAUGAGGUCACCCUUGAAUGGUGACAGUGUGAAAAAAAUGACAGACAAUGGAUGGGAG